AUGCACUUUCUUCGCAACGCUGCUCUGGGCAUGGCCAUGGCCGCCCAAUCGCUAGCCUUGGUGUCGAACUCGUCGUCGUCGUCGUCCGGCGUCGUGGGAAACUACAUCGUGUCCACCACCACCGGAAGCACCACGUCGUUCGGUGACAUGUACGUGUUCCUCCAUACCACGGAACUGCAGGUUUCGGCGCCCGUCGACGGAAUCACUUUCGAACUCGACCGCCGUUUGGGCGGUCUUCCUGGAGCUGACGAAAACGGCGACAGCGUUUUCAAGUUCGACUACGGUACCGCAGAGCUCAACAGCGGCAACAUCACCGUCAACUUCACGUCGGUGCCUCCUUCCGGCCGCUACAACUUGACUUUCCCUACGUUCAUCGGCCAGGACCAGAACCAGAUCAGAGGCGAAAGCAUCUACACCACCCUCUACGAGAACCAGGAGUUCAACAGCACCAUCGACUACGUGCCAUUGCCAUCGGACCGCGCCGUUUUCAACUCCAUCGAGUACGACUCCCAAAACCAAGCCUACUUCUACCUCAACAUUCCAAAAGAGGCGUAUCUAGGUGGUUUCACUUUCAACACCACGGGUCCUAAAUCUUAUUCCUACAUCGCAUACUCGUUUGAUUUCGGAUUCACCAGAACUCCCGAUGACAGUGGUGCCACUUCUGACAGUUUCGACGACCCUGCUUCCACCGAUAGUACAAACGACAGCGUUUACCCACAGGACUAUGAACUCGACACUUCCAGCGGCGGCAUCAAUUUUGUCUACAACGGUAACAUCUCUACAGCGACCACCUCCAUGGCUGGUGACGAUACUAUUUCCUACAUUGGUACUUACAUCAAGUUCGAAGUCACUCCUCCAACUGGUACCAACGUUUUCGAAUUAGAUGCCACUUUGAGUUUCAACGGUGACCAGAAAUUGACUUACUCCUUCCACAAUUACGGUCACGGUCCCGGAUUUUUGAACGCUUACGAAAUCCCAGCUGUCACCGUUGGUGCAGGUAGUGCAUCUUCUCCUUCUUCUGCUGGUAGCUCUUCCGCAAGUUCUGCUGCUGCUUCUUCUGGGUCUGCUUCUGCUGUUGCAUCAAGCUCUGCUGCUUCCUCCGGUUUCAACUCUUCCAGCGGUGCCAGUUUCCCAGCUUCUUCUGGUUCAAGUGUUUUAUUCCCCAGCGCCUCCAGCAACGGAUCUAUGGUCUACCCUGGCUCUAGUGCCUCGUCUGGAUCCGCCUCUGGCUCUGGAUUCGCCUCUAGCUCUGUUUUCGGCUCUAGCUCUAGCGCUGUUGCCGGCUCUAAAAACAUUUCUGCUGGCGCAAGCACCACUACCACACAAAAACUUUCCACCACUGUGAUCACCACUUGCCCAAUUUGCACGGGUAAGGACAAGACCACUGCCGUGGGCGUCUCCACAGUGACCACCACUAUCGGCGGCGUCAUGACUGAAUACACCACGUAUUGUCCUCUAACUGCACAAACCGCUUCUUUGUCGGUGUCCUCUGGCGCUACUGUUAGCGCAUCUGUGGCUAUCUCUGAGGUGUCAUCGGGCGUUUACACCGUUUACACCACGUAUUGCCCAUACACUUCUUCAUCCGGCGCUGCUACCGUAGGUGCUGCGUCCUCUGCUUCCUCCUAUUCUUCCAGCACUACUGCUCUCCUAUCUCAAUACGAAGCAGGUGCCAGAUCAUUGACCUUCAGCCUUGGAGCUUUGCUGCUUUCAAUGUUGGCAUUGAUUUGA